UGUGUAAAGUAGGUUUGCCCACCCCUCCAACUUUGGAUCUUCUUUGGUUGCCGAGAUGCCGAGAACAGUUCAAGAAUGGAAAGGCCGCCUGGAUGGCAGAGCCGGAGCCCACUUUGGUGAGGAGUGAAUGACCUUGGAGAAGUCGCCCACCUCCGACAUUUCUAUUUCUUCCUCAUUUUGUUGCUGCCCGCUGCGGACAAGACAGUAUAUGGGGUUUUUUCUUGGUUUGUUGCCUAAGAGUACACCAAAUGUGACAUCCUUUCACCAAUAUAGAUUACUUCAUACCACAUUGUCAAGAAAAGGACUAGAAGAAUUUUUUGAUGACCCAAAAAACUGGGGGCAAGAAAAAGUAAAAUCUGGAGCAGCAUGGACCUGUCAGCAACUAAGGAACAAAAGUAAUGAAGAUUUACACAAACUUUGGUAUGUCUUACUGAAAGAAAGAAACAUGCUUUUAACCCUAGAGCAGGAGGCCAAGCGGCAGAGAUUGCCAAUGCCAAGUCCAGAGCGGUUAGAUAAGGUAGUAGAUUCCAUGGAUGCAUUAGAUAAAGUUGUCCAGGAAAGAGAAGAUGCCCUAAGGCUUCUUCAGACUGGUCAAGAAAGAGCUAGACCUGGUGCUUGGAGAAGAGACAUCUUUGGAAGAAUCAUCUGGCACAAGUUCAAGCAGUGGGUUAUACCUUGGCACCUAAAUAAAAGAUACAAUAGGAAACGAUUCUUUGCCAUGCCUUAUGUGGACCAUUUUCUCAGACUGGAACGUGAGAAACGAGCCCGCAUCAAAGCACGGAAGGAAAAUUUAGAGAAAAAGAAAGCAAAAAUUCUUCUAAAAAAGUUUCCACAUCUUGCUGAAGCCCAGAAGUCAAGUCUUCUCUAAGAUGUCUGAACUCUUAAAUUCACCAUUUUGUUUUUCUUGAAUAGUCUGUGUACAAGAGUAAAUAUGUUAAGUGGUUUAUAAAGAAAUUCUGUUUUUAGUCAAGUGACUUUAAUCAGUUGUUCUAAGUGUGAAUAUGGCAUGCUAAUUAGCUAAUUUGGUAGAAGCUAAUUUACUUCUAAAAAUCAGGUAUAAAGUUCGGAUUAAAUUCCCACUUUAUAAAUUCUGACAUUUAAGCAGGCUUUAAAUGUCACCUUUUAUCUUAGAGGGUGAAGGUGAUGGUAACUGCCACAACAAAGGCAAUAAUUGAAUUUGAGUAAUAAUUUUACCUCUGUUGUUAAUAGGAUAUGAAGAGGAUGUGGGUACUGCUGUUAAUAAACAGUGAGUACUCUGAUUCAAAA